AUGGAUGAGUUUCUCGAGCAGACACAACAACCCACAAAUGAGAUUUUGUCAAUAAGCAGCAUGGAACUUUUAGACAUCCUGCUCACGCUUCCAGCUAACAGACUGCUUAGAACUGGCCCUCAAAGCCAUUGGUUGAGCUAUUUCACAAGAAUAAGCCGAAUCCAAACCUUGCUCGCGCUCAGCUGUAGCCAGUCUUUCUGGCACAGGGGCGAAAACAUGGCGGAUCUGUUCAAUAAACACAUCAAGAAGGCCACCUCAAGAACGAAAGAGAAGUUAUUGGAAGGCAUCGGAAAAGCGAAAGCCACCCAAGACGAGACCUUUGAUGGCCAUGCUGCAAAUCUCGUCAAACAAAGUAAAACCUUUGAAAAGAUUUACAAGGACGUCAAGGCAUACGCAGCAGCUCUCAAAACAUUAAACCAAGCAGAAAGAACGUUGCGAGAUACAAUCAGGGAGUCCUACGAGACAGAAUGGCCAGAACGGGAGCAUUUGACGGCAAUACUUGAUAAUCUAGACAUCCAGACUAAUGAAAUGGAGAAGACACUCUGCGAAGAACUCCCGCAGUCUCUUUGCAAUUAUGUUGGGCAGUUUGGGGAGCUGAAAAAGAAGGUCGAUAAGAGAGGUCGUAAACUUGUCGACUAUGACCACGCAAAGCACAACUAUCAUUCCACGAAAGCUUCCAGCAAAAAGGGUGAGACAGAUCCAAAGGUGGCGAAAGCUUUUUCAGAACUCCAACAAACAGAAGCUUUGUAUAAAGAGAUUAACAACGAACUUCUUGAGUCAUUGCCUGCUGCAUACGAUAAUCGAAUUACUUUCUAUGUGAACACCCUUCAGUCACUUUUCAAUACUCAUAAUAUUUAUCAAUCGGAAUGCAGCAAGUUGAACAAACAAAUCGUUUCCCAACUUGAUCGUCUUGGAGAAUCUAUCGACAUUUUGCGAGUUCCGCGACCAGAACCUCGCCCAGAUACGCCGACUGAUAGCGUCGCGGACGUAAGACUUUCACAGAUAAGUUCGCACCGUUCCACGCCCUCUCCUGCCCCUGCUCCCCCUCCGGCGACGCCAGCUUCUUUGGCAGAUUCCGCUGCUAACCAACCAAAUGCGUCUUCUGGUGGCAAUCCAUUUGAAGAAGAUAAUGUGGAGGAAGUUUUCGAGAAUAAGAUCUAUCCGAAGUUAGCGGCUGUGCCUCCUCGUGCCGAUAAGGAAGAGGAGAAGAAUACAAACGAAACUCCGAAAAAGGUCAAGGAUCCGACAAACCCAUUCGAAGAGGAUACAGAUGAAGAACAGCACGAACAAGUACCCAUUGAGGCACCUCCAACAGACCAUGCUCUAGAGGGAGUUACUAGGGAAGCUCGUAAGGUGCUUUACCUUGUGAGGACAACUCACGAGUACAAAGCGGUGGACACUGAUGAGUUGUCUUUUGGUCCGGGAGAGGAUCUGAAGGUUCUGGAGUCGAAACCUGAAGAUCAAGUUGAUGAGGGUUGGCAGCUGGGCGAAAAGGCUGACGGCACUCGAGGCGUGUUUCCUGAAAAUUUUACCAAGAGGCUCGACUAAAUGCUUUCGCUUUGGCACCUUGUUUGCGUACCAAUUGUGCACCCCUUUCGAUCGUUUAACAUAUUGCUGACUCUGCUUUUACAUAAUUUUAUGCGAUUUACUACUGAUUUGUUGUUUGCCACUCUUCGUAUGCUCCUCGAGCACUUUCAAU